GGAGAGGCGGCGAGCCGGAGGGGAGGGCCUCGGCUCGAGCCGGCACCCGGGGACCGCGGCUGUCACGGCGCUCCGAGCAUCCCGGUGGCUUCCCGAGUAGACGCGCCCGGCCGGGCGGCAGCUGCAGGCACAGCCCUAAUCCCCUGCCCUGUCGCCGCGCCCGUGGAGCCCCACGCCCCGGGCGGGCGUUCGUGAUUUAGCACAAAGCACGUUUCCAAAAAGCGCACGGGAGAGCUCCCGCGCCGCGCUCCGGCGCACGCACCCCCCCUUCCCCUUUGUUUCGGGGGUCGACAGGCUGCUCUCCCCAAGUCUGAACUGUUCGCGGGGGGCGGAGGGCCGCCGAGUCUAGGCUGUGAAGAUGCCCUUGGAGCUGACUCAGAGCCGAGUGCAGAAGAUCUGGAUCCCCGUCGACCACCGCCCCUCGCUGCCCAGAUCCUGUGGGCCGAAGCUGACCAACUCCCCCACCGUGAUCGUCAUGGUGGGCCUCCCAGCCCGUGGGAAGACCUACAUCUCGAAGAAGCUGACUCGCUACCUCAACUGGAUCGGCGUGCCCACGAAAGUGUUCAACGUUGGCGAGUACCGCCGGGAGGCCGUGAAGCAGUACAGCUCCUACAGCUUCUUCCGUCCCGACAACGAGGAAGCCAUGAAAGUGCGCAAGCAGUGCGCGCUCGCCGCCUUGAGGGACGUCAAAAGUUACCUGACCAAGGAGGGGGGCCAGAUUGCGGUUUUCGAUGCCACCAAUACUACCAGAGAGAGGAGACACAUGAUCCUUCAUUUUGCCAAAGAAAAUGAUUUCAAGGUGUUCUUCAUCGAGUCUGUGUGCGACGACCCUAUGGUUGUAGCCUCCAACAUCAUGGAGGUUAAAAUCUCCAGCCCGGAUUACAAAGAUUGCAACUCAGCGGAAGCUAUGGACGAUUUCAUGAAGCGAAUCAGUUGCUAUGAAGCCAGCUAUCAGCCCCUCGACCCCGACAAAUGUGAUAGGGACCUGUCCCUGAUCAAGGUGAUCGACGUGGGCCGGCGGUUCCUGGUGAACAGGGUCCAGGACCACAUCCAGAGCCGCAUCGUGUACUACCUGAUGAACAUCCACGUGCAGCCCCGCGCCAUCUACCUGUGUCGGCACGGCGAGAGCGAGCACAACCUCCAGGGGAAGAUCGGAGGGGACUCGGGCCUGUCCAGCAGGGGCAGGAAGUUCGCGAACGCCCUCAGCAAGUUCGUGGAGGAGCAGAACCUGAAGGACCUCAGGGUGUGGACCAGCCAGCUGAAGAGCACCAUCCAGACGGCCGAGGCGCUGCGCCUGCCCUACGAGCAGUGGAAGGCGCUCAACGAGAUCGACGCUGGCGUCUGUGAGGAGAUGACAUACGAGGAGAUCAAGGACACCUACCCCGAGGAGUACGCCCUGCGGGAACAGGACAAGUACUACUACCGCUACCCCACGGGGGAGUCCUACCAGGACCUGGUCCAGCGCCUGGAGCCGGUGAUCAUGGAGCUGGAACGCCAGGAGAACGUGCUGGUCAUCUGCCAUCAGGCCGUCCUGCGUUGCCUCUUGGCCUACUUCCUGGAUAAGAGUGCAGAAGAGAUGCCUUAUCUGAAGUGCCCCCUUCACACCGUCCUCAAACUGACACCUGUCGCUUACGGCUGCCGUGUGGAGUCCAUCUACCUGAACGUGGAGUCGGUGAGCACACACCGGGAGAGGUCAGAGGACGCAAAGAAGGGACCUAACCCGCUCAUGAGACGCAAUAGUGUCACCCCACUAGCCAGCCCUGAGCCCACCAAAAAGCCUCGCAUCAACAGCUUUGAGGAGCAUGUGGCUUCGACCUCCGCUGCCCUGCCCAACUGCCUGCCCCCGGAGGUGCCCUCCCAGCUGCCCGGACAACCUUUGCUAGGGAAGGCCUGUUUACGAACUGUUUGUCACAUUUUCUCAAAGUUUUCUCCUUACUAACCUUGGCAAGAACAUGAAAGGCGCCCAGAGCGGCAUCGACGCGAGGACACACUGAGGCCGACCCGGCGGUUCCAUCCCAGUUCCAUUCCUGCAGCUUACUUAGUGCUUUUCCCAUCUGCCCGCGGCCGGCGAUCCCAAGGACUUCUGGAGUGGGGUGGGUGGUGUGGAAGAGGGGCCUGCUGCUCGGAGAGAACCGUGCCCCCGACCGUGGCGGGGCAGCCGAGACCCCAGGAGGCCUCUCCCGUGUGCGUGCGUGGGAUCUACGCCGUGGCUGCCCUCAUCCCACGCCAUCCCUGGUCCCACGGACCCUCCGUGUGGCUCGGAAAGGACGAUGAGCCACGGAAGAGGAACUGGGAGAAGGCCCCGAGGAGGGGACGUCGGCCUUCAUGCUGUUUUGUU